AUGGGCAAUCUAAGUCUCACGGGUGAUCAGGCCGUCUAUACUGGCAGCUCCCACUGGGCCACAAUCUUAGAAGACAUUCAACAACUUAGAGAUGACCUCGCGGACGAAUUCCCAGACAACAACACUGAAGUGUCGCUGUCGUUCGAUAGGGGUUCAAUGCAUCAACUGCCACCUCCAAGGAUAUCUCUUCUUGCCAGUAUCGAAUGCCUACCAACAGAGCAAAUCCUAGCACAGGUACCUCCUCGCAAAGUGGUUGAUAGAUUUGUCUCACAGUUUUUUAAUAAUUUCGACUCGAUUGUUCUACAUCGAGGUAAAUUCAUCUCAGAGUAUGCAAACUUCUGGGCAAACCCCUCAGCCGUUCCCAUCAUCUGGGUGGGAUUAUUGUUCGCCAUCAUGAGCAUGUCCUUGUUUCUUCAGAAGCAGGAUCUUGGUGCUCAUGGCUUGUCCGCUGCAGAAUCUCAAGCUACACUCGAGACAUAUCGGGGUCUCACCAUCCACUGCUUGGUCUCCGGGAAUUAUCUCCGCUCGAGCAGAUAUACGGUAGAAACGCUGAUGCUGCAUUUUGCUAUCGAUCAGGAAGUCAAUGUCGAUACCAAUAUCGAAAACUGGGUUCUUUUGGGUGUCGUUGUCAGAGUGGCUAUGCGCAUGGGUUUGCAUCGCGACCCAUCCCACUGGCCAAAUAUCCGACCUUUGCAGGCUGAGCUUCGACGACGAGUCUGGAUGGCCUUGUAUAGUAUGGAUUUCUUCACCAGCACCCAAGUUGGACUGCCACGCAUUAUCAAGGACUCGCAAUGCGAUGCGCGUCCGCCUUCGUACCUACUGGAUAGCGACAUUAGCUUUGAGGAGAACAUUCUUCCGCCGGAGAGAUCAUCAACCAAUCCUUCCAUGCUGGCGUUCAACAUCCACAGGCAUUGGGUCAUCAAAGUGGCAGGUGAGAUAUACGACACGACGGAAACAGGACCACCAUCAUCUGCAGUUAUCAUCGAGCUGGAAUCCAAGCUUGAACAUGCUGUUGAUAUCUUGCCGGAGUGGCUCAAACCAAAGUCUCUCGAAGAAUCGAUUGCGGAUAGUCCUUCCACCAUACUUCAACGGAUGAUGCUUGACAUCAUCAUCCACAAAGCCAUAUACCUCCUUCACCGACAUAGUUUCGUGAAUGGCUCAUCUGGAGAGGAAAUCUCCAGAUCACAUGAGGUUUGCAUCAAGGCUGCUCUAGCGAUCCUGGACCAUCAACGACGCAUGAAUGAGGAGACCCAGCCCGGAGGUCUUAUGUAUGGCAUUCGCUGGAGGGUCGCCGCACCGCUUAAUCAUGAGUUCUUACAGGCCACCAUGAUGCUUUGCUUUGCAUUGAGUAGAUCCGAUGCGAAACGCGCUCUUCACAGACGAGAUGAUAUCCUUGAGGCUUUGAUCGCUGCCAAGGAUGUCUGGGAGAAGAAAUCAGAUGGAUCCAUCGAGGCUCAGAGAGCAGCCAAAUCGAUCGCGGUCAUGUUAGAGCAAGACCGAAAGAGUUCUGUACCGAUCUUGGCACCUCCAUCUGGUGAAUUGUUUGACUUCCCAUUAGUUCCGCCCCUGGAAAACUAUUUUGAGACUUUCGAUAACACAUUCGGGCAGACAAUGGCCUUGGAUCCUUCCUUUUUCUCCGUCGAAGAUGAUAUGGCUACGGUGAAUAGCAUUUUAGGUGACUUCAUGGGCUGA